AUGAAUACAAAUCUUGAAAAAGAAGUGUUAGAUUUAUUAGUUGAAUAUUACGAAAAUGUAUAUAAUGAUAAAGAAUUUGUAGCAUUGUCAAAUAUUUAUACUGCUUCAUCCAAAGCUAUUCCAGUAUUAUCACAAGUAGACAUAUAUAGGCGAUUACAACUUAGAUCCAAAGUUUUCAGUUCUGCAUACUCAAAAAAAUAUACCAAUUUGGCAAAAAUUUUGGCACAAUUUACUCAUGAAAAUAUGAAAGAUACUUAUUCAAGUAUUGUUCAGUUUUAUUUAAAACAUACGCUUUAUCUUUUGAAAGAACCUAAGAAACAUUCAUUAGCAUUUGUAAGAUAG